AUGGCGGCGCAGAACUCAGCAGGCAUCCAGACGUUGCUCGAUGCAGAGCGGGAAGCACAGAAGAUUGUCCAGAAAGCCAGAGAAUACCGAACAAAGCGAGUAAAGGACGCCCGAUCAGAAGCGCAAAAAGAGAUCGAAGAGUACCGGAAUCAAAAGGAAGAGGAGUUCAAGGCGUUCGAGAAGCAGCAAGGAUCAGGUAACAAGAAAGCCGAAGAUGACGCCGAGAAGGAGACACAAAAGUCGCUGGACGAGAUCAAGCAGAUUGGCAACAAGACGGGUCCAAAGGUGGUUGAUGAUUUGAUCAAGGCGGUUAUGGAUGUCAAGCCUGUGGUGCCAGAUCGCAUUGAGCAACCUACUGCGUAA